AUGGAAAUCAAAAGGGAAGCUUUGAGUGACAAGGAUAAAGAGUUUCAUAAAGAAGAUUUUUCGAUAGGUAUUGAAACACCACCAGAAAAAGAUGUCCAAGACUUAAUUGAUCAUUCGGAUAGUAAAAAAGCAUCAGACACGUUGGAAAUGAAAGAUGAUCAAACGAAAAUUGAAUGUAAAUGCACAGAUCAUCUUGAAAAAUUGGAAGCUGAAGUAGAAUAUCCAAUUUCUGCGAAAAAACUAUUUGACAUGCUUUUUGAUGAAAAGAGUACAAUAUGGGACCGGUUGCAUCAAAAGAAAGGAAACACACUGCUGCAUAGUGGACCAUGGGUAAUAGAUAAUAGUGAGGAUGGUGAAAGGAAAAGAGAACUCAAAUUUAUUAUGCCGAUUUCUAAUCCUCUUUUAGCUGCAAUGGCCGGCUUAGCAGAAACUGUAGCAGAUAUAAUUGAAUUACUUAGUACAGAUGUGGAAAAUGAAAUCGUAUCGGCUGUCUUACCAGGCUCUCCAAUACGAGCACAUGGAGGAUAUUCUCCAACUCUUCGUCGUCGUCCUCAUCAUCGUGUACCCAAAAAUCCGAGUGAAUACACUAACUGGCUUUUGGAUGAAAGAGCCAAGUGCAAUAAAGCGAGAUGGUUGUUACUUAAAGAUGAUUUAAUUGAUGAAAAUGAGGAUAAUGAGGAUAAUGAGGAUAAUUUAGAUAAAGAUAAUUGUGAUAAUUCGAGCAUCAUCAAUGAACAAACUAAUUAUAAUAGAGCUAACACAACGAUGACUGGUAAAGAAAAAUAUAAUUCAGAGUAUAAAACUAUAUUAAAGUAUUGUGGAGACAUCAAGAAGCAAUUGGACGUGAUGCCUACAGUACUUUAG